CCCCCCCCCCACAACAUGCUUCUCCUCCCAGCGGCUGCUCUGUGCUGCCUGUGUUCAGCACUGGUUGCCACAGCAGCAGAGCUGACUCAGGACCAGUUGUCUUUGACCGCGACAAUUGGUGGAGAGGCCUCGUUCAGCUGUGGAGGAACUGAUCAGCAUAACUACACAUGGUGGUUUCAGAAGAAAGACACAGGAACGUUCACACUGAUUCUUGAUAUUAGUAGAGAUGGUUCUAUUGAUAAGGGUUACAAUCAUACUCAGAAAGACGACUUCACAGCUGAGAGACAACAGAACAGCUGGGAGUUGAAGAUAAAGAAAGUUAAACCCUCUCAUGCAGCCACGUACUACUGCGCCUGUUGGGACUAUGACGAGCGGUUCUUCAUCUUCGGCUCAGGAACCAAAUUGUUCGUCACUGAUCGGCCGGUGGUGACUCCGGUGGUGAGCGUGUACCCGGCAGCUUCCAUAGCCGCCCUGGACGGGAAGAGCUCCCUGCUGUGUGUGGCCUCCAACAUGGAUCCUCCUCUGGUCCAGUUCUCCUGGACGAGACAGAGGGAGGGUGGUCCUCUGGAGACGCUGUCCUCUGCUCAUGGAGAGCAGCUGGAGCUCAGCGUGGCAGGACGCACCGCCGCCAUCAUGGUGGUCGACCGGCACGCUUCCUACAAAUACAACUACCGCUGCCACGUCAGGCAUGAGGGAGGCGCAGUGGAGGCCCCGGCAGAGCAAGUGGUUUGUGCUAAUCCAGCACCGACGUCUCCAGCACCGACGCCUCCAGCACCGACGCCUCCAGCACCGACGCCUCCAGCACCGACGCCUCCAUCACAGACGCCUCCAGCACCGACGCCUCCAGCACAGACGCCUCUGGCGGCCUGGGCCCGGUCUCAGCGGCAGGUGAAGCUGCUCUGGCUGCUCUACACGCUGCUGAUGGUGAAGAGUCUGGUUUACUGCGGUGGACUCGCUCUGAUCCACAUCCUGAGGAACAGGGAGCGUCCAGCCGCUGCUCACCAGACCACGGAGUUUCCUGCAGCAGCUUCCACUUCUCACUGACUCCUGUUCACUUCACUCUGCUUCUCUUUCACUGCAAACAUUCAUCUGAACUGUAACUUUGCAAAGUAUAAAAUAAAGGUUUUUAUUCUGAAGACAUUAAACAUAAAAAUAAAACACAUCUCAUCUCCUUUACAUCUGGUGUGAACUGACUCCUCGUCUUUGUGCAUCAAUAAUAAUUCACACUGACGCUCUUUCCACAUUAACCCUGUGUUGCAUGAAUUAUGACUUAAACAUGUUAAAAACUGGUUUUAAUGUGUUUUAUGCUGCACAACGAGAAAACAAAUGGUUUAAAUACAAAGUACAAAAAUAUCUCAACCGUAAUAUAAUCAUAAAUACAUUUUGUUUUAUAAAUACAUGUAUUUACUAACAGUGAAGCAUGUACUGUUUUUUAUCCUCUAGGACAAAAAUGAAUAGCUGAAUGAAAUGAUGUACUAGUAAUUUAUAGAAUUUCUUCUGUGAAACUAUGAUUUCCAGUUGAUAAAAGUAAAAUCCAGGCAGAAAUAUCAAGAUGUUUGAGGACAAAGAUUUUCAUUUUGAAAAUGUGUGUGACUGUUACUGAACCAACAAUUAAACCAAUGUAAUAACAAAGUGAAGACGUCACAUGAACUAAACCUCGUUGGUCUCUGCUCAUGAAGCUUCGUCUGGAAACUGGGACAGAAAUUCAUCCUGGUUCUGUUUUCUGUUUUUAACAAUCAGGUUUUAUCUUUAUCAUGAGGACAAGUUGUUGCCUUGUGUGACGCUGUGUGUGUGUGUGUUGCUGAGCGGCGUCAGGAGUGUGUUUGUGUGACGCUGUGUGUGUGUGUGUUGCUGAGCGGCGUCAGGAGUGUG